UGAAGAGGCGCAUGGAGAGCCCUGCCAAGUACCUCUCUUCGGUGCAGGUGAUUGACUCUGCGCCAGCACCCCUCGAAGAGAUUAUAUGGAACAGCACUCAAAUGGAGGCAACAAGCCAAAGCGGGAAGGAUAUAGUUUCGCGCACCGUGACGGGCUGCCUGCUGUCCGUGCUCAUCCUGUGGACUCUGCUGGGGAACAUACUGGUCUGCUCCGCAGUGCUGCGCUUCCGACACUUAAGGACCAAAGUCACCAACAUUUUCAUCGUGUCACUGGCUUUGUCGGAUUUAUUCGUGGCCGUGCUGGUUAUGCCGUGGAAAGCUGUGGCAGAAGUGGCGGGAUAUUGGCCGUUUGGCACUUUCUGUAACGUCUGGGUCGCUUUUGACAUUAUGUGCUCCACCGCGUCCAUCCUGAACCUGUGCGUAAUCAGCGUGGAUAGAUACUGGGCCAUUUCCAGCCCUUUUCGCUACGAACGGAAAAUGACACAGAGAGUUGCCUUUGUGAUGAUUAGUCUCACUUGGACGUUGUCUGUGCUCAUUUCAUUCAUACCGGUUCAGCUGAACUGGCACAAAGCCAGCAGUGACGACGCCAGCGGGACGCGCAACUUUUCGGUGAGCAGGCAGAUGAACGAAAACUGCGACUCCAGCCUCAGCAGAGAAUACGCUAUAUCAUCAUCACUGAUUAGUUUCUACAUCCCUGUGGCAAUUAUGAUUGUGACUUACACAAGAAUAUACCGGAUCGCACAAAUCCAGAUCAGACGGAUAGCCUCCUUGGAGAGGGCGGCAGAACACGCGCAAAGUUGCAGGAGCAACCGGAUAGAGUGCCAACACCACAACACGUUAAAAACGUCCAUUAAGCGGGAAACGAAAGUGUUCAAAACCCUGUCGGUGAUUAUGGGCGUCUUCGUGUGCUGCUGGUUGCCUUUCUUCGUCCUAAACUGUAUUGUUCCGUUCUGUGACAAGCCGGCGACGGACCGGGACGCAGGUCUGCCGUGCGUCAGCGAGACCACCUUCGAUGUGUUCGUGUGGUUCGGUUGGACGAACUCCUCCCUGAACCCUGUCAUUUACGCCUUCAACGCCGAGUUCAGGAAGGCUUUCUCCAGUCUGCUGGGCUGCCCAUACUUUUGCUCCAACACGCCCGUGGAAACGGUCAACAUCAGCAACGAGCUGGUGUCAUAUAACCAGGACACUCUGAUCCACAAGGAGAUCGCCAACGCCUACGUCAACAUGAUCCCCAACGUGGUUGAUUGUAUGGAGCACGAGGAGAUCUUUGACAGGAUUUCACAGUUUUCACACAACAAUGAUGAGCACGCAACCGACUCGGUUUGUGACCUGGAGGACUGCGAGGCUGACAUCAGUCUUGAUAUGAUGUCGACAUUCACACCAAAUGGAUUACACUGACUCCUGCUACAUGUGUAAUUGGAUGUAAAGUGUCAUAUACUCAGCCACAGGAACCACAGUGGUGGGUGUA